CAUGAAUAUAUAAGCACUAUAGAAGAGCAAUGUAUGUGAGGUGUGUUCAGAACAACAAAUGCAUUAGUACAGACUUCCUUUGACUCUUUCUCUGGACGAUGUCUCCUUAUACCUUACAAUACCAACAACAAUAGCAGACGGGUUCGUGAGAUUGUAGUCUUCUACUUCUUGGCUUCCAUUUUGUACAGAACAAGUACAAUUGAAAAGUUACAAUUCAUCAGAGAUGAAGUUUAUUCGUACUGCCAGCUUGAAGAGGCUGUUUUCUCCCAAAAGACACAGUCUUGAGGAUGAACUUCCAAAACACUCUGAUUCUACCCAAGAAGAAGGUAACAAUAAAUCCAAAACAGACAGUGCUUCUCCUCCACCAGCAGAACUUCUUAAAAGACCUUCUUGGAAAUGCUUUUCUUAUGCAGAAAUCUUUGCUGCCACCAAUGGUUUUAGCCCAGAGAAUAUGGUAGGAAAAGGAGGAUAUGCAGAGGUUUACAGAGGAGAAUUGCAAGGUGGGGAAGCAAUUGCUGUGAAAAUGCUGACCAAAGCGUCCGAUGAUGAGAGGAAAGAGAAGGAGUUUUUGACAGAGAUUGGAACAUUGGGACAUGUUUGCCAUCCAAAUGUAACUGCAUUGCUUGGUUGUUGUAUUGACAAUGGACUUUACCUUAUCUUCCAAUUUUCAUCUAAGGGCUCUGUGGCUUCUGUUCUUCAUGAUGAGAACUUGCCUGCCAUGGACUGGAAAACAAGGCAUCAGAUUGCUGUUGGAACUGCCAGAGGCCUACAUUAUCUGCACAAGAGCUGUCCCAGAAGAAUAAUCCACAGAGACAUCAAGGCUUCAAACAUCUUAUUGACUACAGACUUUGAACCACAGAUUUCUGAUUUCGGGCUUGCAAAAUGGCUUCCAUCACAAUGGACUCACCAUUCAAUUGUUCCAAUUGAAGGAACUUUUGGGCACUUAGCACCUGAAUACUUCAUGCACGGUGUUGUCGAUGAGAAGACAGAUGUGUUUGCAUUUGGAGUCUUUUUGCUGGAGCUUCUAUCUGGCAAAAAACCAGUAGAUGGUUCUCAUCAAAGCUUACACAGCUGGGCCAAACCUAUACUCAGCCGAGGGGAGAUUGAAAAAGUGGUAGAUCCAAGAGUUGGAGGAUUUUAUGAUGUUAAACAACUUGACAGACUUGCCUUGGCAGCAUCCCUCUGCAUUCGAGGUUCUUCCAUUUGGCGUCCCACAAUGAGUGAGAUAUUGGAGGUAAUGUUGGAAGAGGAAAUUAAUGAAGAAAAUUGGAAAAUGCCAGAAGAAGAAGAGGAGCAAGAAGAAUUUUGGGGGUUUGAGGAUCUGGAAUGUGAAUCUGAUCAUAGUUCCUUCUCAACUUCUCCACACGACUCAAUCUCAACCGGGAGUUCCUAGAAACAAUCCCUAUUACUACAUGGCUAGUAGGAGUUGACAUGUAAAUAGGAAAAUUGCAUUUAGUACCAAAGGCCAUAGACGCAAACAUCCUAUAGUCGUUUCUCGUGCAUUAUAUGGGACCUGUUUUCACAGUGUAACAUUAAUCAGCUUAUGCAGAAGUAAAUUAUAGGAAAGUUUUGUGAACGUGAUGCCUUGAUGAUUGAAUACCAAUCAAACUCCAGGAUUUGCCAACUCA